AUGUCGAUCGUUCCCCCGUCGGUGACGCUUGCCGGCACGCGGAUGCGUCUUUUCAAUCAGGAGGAUCCACGCAGUCUCUGGAUGUUCACCGAGGAAUACUACACGCCGGAUAUGCUGCUGAAAGUGUACAACUACUACGAUCUAAAGCCACUAAACAUCCGUUUCAUUAACGAGAAACACACGGGAAAGCCAUCCGGCUACUGUUUCAUCGACUUCUCGACUCCAGGCGAAUGCAUUCAUGCAAUGUUGCGCGUUUAUGGCCAGAAAGUUCCCUACACGAAUCCGAUAAAGAAAUUCUCGAUUGCUUUUGCAAGGAAUCCGCAUUUGCCUGAGGUCGAUUUUGUGCUGUUGAUCUCGAAUUUGCCCAAGGAUACGGAUGAUGCAGAGCUUUUUAAGAUGUUCCUCUCGCGUUACCCGUCGUGUCGAUCGGUGCGCAUCUUGCAAACGCCAGAUGGACGAAAUCGAGGCCAAGGCACUGUGAGAUUCGCGGAUUACUACGAGCAACAACAGGCAAAGGAUGAAUUCAAUGGAAUGGAAAUUCGCGGUCACACACUCCAAACGACGGCAACUGAGGCGAAAAUCAAGCUCCCGAGACAAAUGGAGGGCAACUCGGAGGGGGACACUUUUGUCGAACAUGUACAACAACAGAUCAAACAACUCGAGGACUCGCGUCGGAAAGCGGAUCUCGAGAAAAAGUUGCAGUCAAGAAUGGAGAAACAGUCGCGGAAAGAGGCGACACAACGUGCAAAGAUCGGCUUCCAAGGGAUACCGCUGCCGACAGCGAACGAGAGACCACUCUAUGAGGCAAUCAUCUACAAUCCAAGCCCGUCGGUGAACGAGUGGAACGAGCUUUUUCUUGGCUGUGAUGAUCGAUUGCAUCGGGAACUUCGCGAGAGUCGCUACUUGAACGGCGGUGUUUAUAUGAGCGAUUCAAUGAUGAAAUCCGAGCUGGUCGAGAUCUACGCGGAGAAUAGCUCGGACAGCGAGGACACGUGGAGCAAUGCAAGUGAUGACCCGAAAGAUCAUCAUCAUCGCCGAGACGAAAGCGACGAUGACGGAGAUGAAGAAAGGAGAGGGGAUGAUGGGGAAAGGAAUGGACGAGACGAUGAGAGAAGCGAUGAAAGGAAUGAUGGGGAACGCGAGAGGAAACGAUCCAGACACAGC